CUGCAGGUAGCGUGAAUGUGACGACACGGGGCGCUAAAGAGUACGUCUUCUUAUGGGAAGUGAGCUUCUGUUGCAGCAUUAGCCUUCACCUUGACCUAGAUUUCAGUGGAAUGUGCAACACUUCUUCACCCUUAGCCUUCUGAAUGUGAUAGAUGUACCAUUUGGUGUUGAACAGAAGGUUUAAAAAAGAAAUCGGUAUGAUCAGUUGCUGUCAGCUGUGACAUUUCUAUUGAAGAACAACAACAGUACUGUAGCGUGUAAGGUCAGGCAUAACUGUGACAAUGGUGGUGAGGACAUAUAAGGAAGAGUUACGCUUCUUAGAGAAGUUAUCUGACUGUUGUUGGAAAAUCAGAAAAGGCUUCGUGUCUAAUAUGAAGGUGGAUGGAGUAUUUUACGUGAAUGAACACCUAGAGAAACUUAUGUUUGAUGAACUGAAGGCAUCAUGUAACAGUCAAGGUUUUGGGGGUUUCCUACCAGGGAUGAAACAAAUAGCAAAUGUUGCAGCUCUACCAGGCAUUGUUGGGAAAUCAGUUGGUCUUCCGGAUGUACAUUCUGGAUACGGGUUUGCAAUUGGUAACAUGGCUGCCUUUGACAUGGAUGACCCCAAGGCAGUUGUGUCCCCAGGGGGUGUGGGGUUUGACAUUAACUGUGGGGUCAGACUAUUAAGGACUAAUCUCUUUGAGAAAGAUGUUCUCCCCGUCAAGGAGCAGCUUGCACAGAGUUUGUUUGAUCAUAUUCCAGUUGGAGUUGGUUCGAAAGGUGUGAUACCUAUGACAGCAAAAGAUCUAGAGGAGGCCUUGGAGAUGGGGAUGGACUGGUCACUCAGAGAGGGUUAUGCGUGGGCAGAGGACAAGGAACAUUGUGAGGAGUAUGGACGCAUGCUGCAGUCUGAUCCUUCCAAAGUCAGCUUCAGAGCAAAGAAGAGAGGUCUGCCACAGCUGGGCACCCUGGGGGCAGGGAACCACUACGCAGAGAUACAAGUGGCUGACAAAAUCUUUGACAAGUUUGCUGCCAAGAAGAUGGGGAUAGAGGAAGAGGGUCAGGUGUGUGUGAUGAUCCACAGUGGUAGUCGUGGCAUGGGACACCAGGUGGCGACAGAUGCACUGGUUGCUAUGGAGAAGGCCAUGAAGCGAGAUCAGAUCGAGGUCAAUGACCGUCAGCUGGCCUGUGCCCACAUUGCCUCCCAGGAAGGCCAGGACUACUUGAAAGGAAUGGCAGCUGCUGCAAACUACGCCUGGGUCAAUAGGACAAGUAUGACCUUUCUUACUAGACAGGCCUUUGCCAAAAUGUUCAACACCACCCCAGAUGACCUGGACAUGCACGUUAUAUAUGAUGUGUCUCAUAACAUUGCCAAAGUGGAGGAACACUGGAUAGAUGGGAAGCAGAAGACGUUACUGGUGCACAGGAAGGGGUCAACCAGAGCAUUUCCUCCACACCAUCCUCUUAUCCCUGUGGACUAUCAGUUAACUGGUCAGCCAGUGUUAAUAGGGGGCACUAUGGGUACAUGCAGCUAUGUGUUAACGGGAACAGAACAUGGCAUGCAGGAAACCUUCGGAUCUACUUGCCAUGGGGCAGGAAGAGCGCUUUCCCGAGCCAAAUCACGACGGAAUCUUGACUAUACGAUGGUUCUAGAUGCUUUAGCCGAAAAAGGGAUAUCCAUUCGUGUUGCCUCACCAAAACUAGUCAUGGAAGAAGCACCAGAAUCCUACAAAAAUGUAACAGAUGUUGUGGAUACCUGUCAUGCAGCUGGCAUAAGUAAAAAAUGUAUUCAACUUAGGCCUAUAGCAGUCAUCAAGGGAUGAAUUAAUGACAGAUUUAUGUGAUUGACUUUUGGAGAGUUUUUCAAAAGAAUGGAGUUGAAAGUCUCACUGUGCAAACUGCAGAUUUUUGUUUCCAUUGACCUAAUAGGAAUAAAUAGCAAUCUGCUUCAUUGGGAAUAUUGAGCCUGUGAAAGGUGAAAACUAUGUUUUCAACCAGCAAUCAACUUAUUAUUAUAUAUUAAGUGGACUGCUGCAGAUUUAUCGAUGCUUUAAUCAUUUCCUGCUCUUCAACAAGGAUGGCUGUUUUAGCUUUUUUAUUUAAAGUUCAAAUUCCAUUAACUAAAUAUAAACUAAUUAUACUAGGAGACCUUCAUUGGCCUUAAUUUGUUUUUCGUUUGUAGUACAGUCAUUUAAGGUCUUACUUCUUAUUCGCCUCCAUGUACAAAUGUAGCCUACUGUGCAUGUUGAGAUGUAAGCAUCAGAUUAAGACAUCUCUAUGUGUUAAUGAAUUAAUUGUCAUAUUAUGUAUUACAUUUAGUCUCCACAGAAUUAAUUGUCAUGUUGUAUAAUAAGUACAUUUUCAGUUGCCUUAAUUGUGAAUGUUGCCAGGUUUUUAAAUUAACACUUCCUACUUCAUAUUUGAACCCAAAGAAGGAGUGUUUUGAAAGGUGGUAGUUUUCACAAGCUAUUAGUACUACUACAGGGACGUACGAUAAAAAAAGUUUAUUUGCAACUAAAAAUGACUGAAGUCUAGAAUACAUUAUUGGUCAGUACAGUCAUUAAAGCAUUAUACAAGGAUGAGAAUUUCGCCACUAUUGGCGUAUUUCCAACUUUUUUGGAACCAAAAAUAUCAUUGGCCUAGAUUUCUGACUUUUCCACUAAAUAGCAGCCACCAGAGAAGGUUUGAAUGCUUCAUCUUGAGGAAUUUCAGGCUAUUUUUCUUUUUUCUAGUUUUUUUUUUAUGUUAUCAUUUUGUGGUUUUGUAAGACCUGGUUGGCAUAUUCCAGUGUACACAAAAUCUAGGUCUUAAGACUGACAUGCAUGUAACAGUAUAAGUACACUG